AGGUUAAUUCAACAACUCAAUUUGUUUUGCUUAAAUACUUGGAUAAUCUCAAAAUAAACCAUUCUUAUUUUUGUAAAGAUUAUAAUUGAACACAUUUUUUUCAGGAAGUAUUAUUAUAAGUCUUUAUCAAUGAGAAAUUAAGCUGGUUAGAUGUUAUUGACCAUGGAUAUGGAGAAAUACUCCAAGAGCUAUUCCUUGGGAUUUACCCAUCUUCUUCUUGGGUUAUGGUAUAAAUAGCACUAUCCGAAAAGGGUUGUGGUAGGUAUAAUAACCCCAAAGAACUCCAUGUCCCAAUCCCUGGGACCUAUAAAUAGGUUAAAUUCCAUUGCUAAAGGAACUUUUCAGUCUUAAUUAAAGUUACUUAUCUUAAAAUAUUGAGAUUUUCCUGGAUUAUAUGAAUAGUCCAACCUAGUCAAUAAGCCCUUAAAAGUAGAGAAAUCACAGUGGUUAGCCUCUUGAGAGACAUGAUGGAAUAUGGAGUGACUCAAAAGGUGAGCUGCUACCCUUCAGUGCUAGAGAGCACACGUGGAAAACAUAAGAAAGAAGGGGACAGCGUUGAGGAAAAAGCCCAGCCUGCUGCUGAUAGCCAAUAAGGAACCAAGGUCUCAUCUUACAGACAGGAGAAACUGAAUCCAACUGGAAGCAGCUUGGAAGGUGAUUCAUCCCUAAGGCUCCAAAAAGGAAUGCAUCCCUGCUGACACCUCGAUUUUGGCAUUGUAAGAUGUUAAGCAGAGGACUCGGCUGAAACAUAUUAUUCUCUGACUUCUCACCUACAGAACUAUGAGGUAGUAAAUGGAUGGUGUUGGAAGCUGCUUUGUUUGUGGUGAUUUGUCAUGUCAGCAGUAGAAAACUAACCUGGGGAUUGAAGGAGUUAGCCAAGCUCUGUAGGGAAAGAGGGUUCUAGGAAAAGAGCCAUGUAGACCUGAGCAUUACAGGUGCAGCAAGGUGGCCAGUGUGGCUGGAGUGGUGACAGCAAGGGGAUGACUAAGAGAUGUGGUCAGAAAGAGAACUUGGUAGAGGGCGAUUACCAUGAAGGGCUUUGGCUUUUAUUCCAAGUGAGCUAUUUUAAGCAGGGAGGCAAUAUGACUUACUUAAUUUUAAAAAGGAUCACAUUGUAUGCUCUGAAAAUAGACUUUGAGAGAGAAGGGGAGAAUCAGGAAGACCAAUUAGGCAGGAUAACAGGAGUCAUGGAAUGGUGAGAAGUGGCCAAAGUCUACAUAUAUUUUGAAGAUAAAGUCUAUAUCUGUGUGACUCAAAUGUGGAAUGUGUGUGAGAGAAAGAGAAGCCAAAGAUGAUUCACAGGUUUAGUUCUGAGCAACCAGAAGGACAGAGUGGCUGUCAGCUAAGACACAGAAAGCUGCAGGUGGAGAGACAUGUGGUGCUGGAGAAUUGGAAGUCAGUUUGAACAUACUCAGUUUGGGAUGUCUAUUAAACAUCCAACUUGAGCUGCAUACUGUGAAAGGUAGAACAGUGGUCCCCCCAAAGAUGUCCACAUCCUAAUCCCCAUAGCCUGUGCAUAUGUCACGUUAAGCAUCAAGAGGCACAUUGCAAAUAGGAUUAAGUUAGCCUUGAGAUGGCAAAUUUUUUCUGGAUUAGCUAGGUAGCCCCAACCUAUUCACACAAGUCCCUAAAAAUAGAGACUCUUCUCAUGGUGAUCAGAGGUCAAUGUGACAUUGGAAGAACGGUCAGAGAGAUGUAAUGUUGCUAAUUUUGAAGAUGGAAGAUCAAUGCCAUGGGCCAAGUGGAUGGCCUUUAGAAGGUAGACAUGGCAAAGAAGCAAACUGUCCCCUGGAGCCUCAAAAAGGGGACACAGCCCUGCCAGUACCUUGAUUUUAGCCCAGGGAGACUCCUCUCUAACCUACAAAACUAUAAGAUAAUAAGUUUGUUUUGUCUUAAGCCACUAAGUCUGUAGUAGUUAGUCAUAGCAACUGUAGAAAAUAAAUAUUCAGAGUAAACAGUUGGAUAUAACAAUCUGGAGGUGAGGAGAUAGAGGUCUGGAAUUUGAAAGCAUUGAGGUGGCAUUUAAAGCCAGAGACCAAAAGAGAACUCCAAUUGCUUGAAUAGAAACAGAGAAGCGAAGAGACUUGGAGAUGGAGUGUUUGGCAUUCAAUCUCAAGAGCUGCUGUCUUUCAAAGGCCAUGGGAUAGUGGGCUCUCACCAUCGUGUCCUUCAGGGCCUCUUCUCUGCCCAGGAUCCAGGCAGCUGAAGCUGGCCAUGGGGAGGCUGGAGUUGACAGAUAACACACUCCAGCAUGACUGCCUGAGGUCAGGCCAGCUUGCAGCAUUCUCUGAAUUUGGAGACAGAUAUGGAAAAGAAGAAGCACUAAAAGGAGUGAUGAUCAGUGAUCUUAUGAUAAAUCUGGAUGUUAGUUCUCAUGCCUCAGGACAUCCUGUUGGAAACACCACACCAGCUCCUGGGACCAGCCUUUCAUCCACUUAGUACCCCUCCUUGUCUGAACUACUAAAGCCAGCUAACCCCGAAUGGCUACCCAAAGGAAACACUUGGUGAAAGAUUUCAAUCCUUACAUUACCUGCUAUAUCUGUAAAGGAUAUCUUAUCAAACCAACGACAGUGACAGAAUGCCUCCAUACCUUCUGUAAAACUUGUAUUGUCCAGCACUUUGAAGACAGCAAUGAUUGUCCAAGGUGUGGCAACCAAGUUCAUGAAACAAAUCCAUUAGAAAUGUUGAGGUUGGAUAAUACAUUGGAAGAAAUUAUAUUUAAGCUGGUGCCCGGACUACGAGAACAAGAACUUGAGCGUGAAUCUGAGUUUUGGAAGAAAAAUAAGCCUCAAGAAAAUGGACAAGAUGAUGGUUCAAAACUUGACAAACCUAAAGUAGAUGAAGAAGGCGAUGAAAAUCAAGAUGAUAAGGACUAUCAUAGAAGUGACCCACAAAUUGCUAUCUGUCUAGAUUGUUUACGAAAUAAUGGGCAAUCAGGGGACAACGUAGUAAAGGGUCUAAUGAAGAAAUUCAUUCGAUGUUCUACACGUGUGACUGUGGGAACUAUUAAAAAAUUUCUAAGUUUAAAACUGAAACUUCCAAGUUCUUAUGAGUUGGAUGUUCUGUGCAACGGUGAAAUCAUGGGGAAGGAUCACACUAUGGAAUUCAUCUAUAUGACAAGAUGGCGACUAAGAGGAGAAAACUUUCGGUGUCUGAACUGCUCAGCUUCGCAAGUCUGCUCUCAGGAUGGCCCUUUGUAUCAGUCAUACCCUAUGGUAUUGCAGUAUCGACCAAGAAUUGAUUUUGGUUAGGCCAACGGGCCUAGAUAUCUCUGAAAUGAAUCCUGCACUAUUUGUUUACUCAUCAACAGAUUGCAUAGUGAAUGGAGUGUGGACUAGAGGGACACAAUCAGAUUUUCAGCAUGCAAAUAAGGCCAUUGUCUGUCUCUGAACUGUCAGUUGCAUUCACAUUGUUUCUAUUAAGAUCAAAUCAAGUGCCAUUCUGCUACUGAACCAUCUGCAUAGGGUAAUUGUGCUGUCUCACCGUGUGCAAGUCAGGUUCGAAAUCAGUUGGGUGUACAGCUGUGAUUCAGCCUUCUGAAUAUUUUGCUUGCCUGUUCCAAGAUUGUUCUAAUGUUUAAUUACACUAGUUAAAUGUCUCAAUCUUUGUGGUGUUACAGUUUCCACAGUCAACUAUUUUAUUAAUUCUUGUUUAAAUAGAGUACUGUACAAGAACCUAGUAAUUAUACCUUGAAAUUAUUUUGUCUGGAAAUAUAUUUAGAAAAGUGGUUUCUGAGCCACUGCCCUGUUGUUAGUAAGCUUUUUGUGUAAAAAAAAAAAUAAUAGCUCAUUCUUGAGGCUGCAAGUCCUUUUGUGGAGAAUUCCAAUUUUUCUUUUGCAUUAGAGCACAUCAUUUUUGUAGACAUUCUAAGCAUCUGUCUGUGUAGUCUAUCAGUUGCACAAGGAAGACAUGUUAGUCCUCCAGAUUGAAAAUGUAUAUCACUUCUUGGACAACCGAAGUUAGAUUCACAACCAUUCGAAAUGUUGGCAGCUCAUCACAGUGACUUCUAAUAAAAUUGUUGCAUAAGUAAGGUUAAUCUUUCAUAAUGCCUUAUGACCAGUGGGUGCUGCUUCAUGAAACUUCAUCGUGUAGCCCAUUUUAUGUACGUAUCAUUACAUUGUUGCUGUUACUUACCGAAUGCAUUGUUUUCUUUUUAAGUUGGCCUUAUGUGUGUGUCACUGUGGCAUGCAGAAGGUUAUGUAUGAUGAUUUUAAAUAUUAGGAUUUUUAGAGCAGAUAACAUUAGCUAUUUUAUGGAUUUCAAGUCUCAAAGCAGUUGUAGAUUAAAACUAUUACCUAUCACAUUUCCAAACUAUAUGCAUAAAAUAGAAUAAAUGCAGUGUAGUAGGUAAAUAUGCUAAUCAGAAUUAAUGCUUUGAGGAUAUUUUAUUUUAGAUACUGUAGUAAUCAGGGGGAAAUGGGAUUGUUGUUUUACAUGUGAGUUCAUUAAAGGUCAGAACUAUGAUAAUGUCCUUGAUUUUGCGGUUUUGUUAAGUCUUCCAUUCAAUUUGGGAUUAGUCUGCAAAUCAAAGAAUGUCUUGUUCCUUUAAAUUACAUGAAAAACUUCAUUAUAAACCUCUUAAAGUAUAUAGCUGUUUUUCAAAGACCUUCUUGAAAAUUGUUUCAUCAGUUACUUUGAAACAAACAACUUAAUCUUUGAAACUUGGAAAAGAAUCUUGAAAAUUAGGAGAAAUUACUUGUUUUAGAAAUCUGACAUACACAGUCUGUGUUACACACAAAGUUUUUAUACUGUAUGCAUGGCACAUGUGCUACAGUUUCUAGUAACUGCGUCACAUUCAUGCCUUCUGAAUUUCAAAAUGCUUCAUAGAAAUAAAACAUUGUACAACUCCAAGAAGCAUACAGAUAUUGCUCAGUCUUGAUGCAUUUCAUAAUUUAAAAGGCUGAAAGUUCAUCAUUUUUUUCAAGUCAAAAAGUUUAUAAAGUUUGAAGUUUUCUGUUGUUCUGACUUUUGUGAAGGUUACAACGGUACCUUCUUAACUUUAUUUUAUUAAAUUAUGUUUGUUCUUGGAAGGGCUCACAAGCAGAAUUUAAAAGGCAACUUUCAUUAAGUCUUUAAAUGCUUCUUGGAGAAUACCAUUACCCUCAGCCAAAGCCUGAAUUUAUUAUCUAGCUACAGAAAUUAUUUUCCUGUGCUGUGAAACCUAGUUCCUAGAUUUUCCUAAGAAAUUUUUUCAGUUAUUAUAAAUUUGUCACAUGUAGACCAGUGAUUAAAAUGGUGUUUUACAUAUGGAAGUUAAUUUUAAUUAACUCAAAAUUAAUUAAGAGUACAUUUUGAAAACCACAGGUGAGACUGAGAUGUUUGGCUCCCCAGCCAAAAUUUAUGGUCAUAAAUGAGUUUUAUAUACAAGAUCUCUUUAAAUUUGACCUGUUGCCUGAUCAUUAGUCACUUCACUAUUUUCCAAGCAAACAUAUAGGAAAUAAUUAUGGAAUUGAGAAUAGUUUUAUGUAAAAUUCCUUUAUUUAACAUUAAUGCAUUGACAUUUUACUGAAAUGCAAUGGAAUAUGUGCCAAAACAUGUUAAAAUCUGACUUAAUCAAUUGCUAUUUGGAAAAAGGUACACAUUUUUUCAUUGUCCUGAAUAAUAUGGUAUUGCUACUACAACCAUAGACUUCUUCAGCCAACCUCUUUCAGUAUAUCAACUAGGAGUUUCUUAAGUAUGGAACUACUUUCAUGUCUAGUAAUACAAUAUUCCCAGUUAUAACUACCUUUACUUCAGGUUAUAGAAUUUACAAGAAGCCAGGUAUUAAAAAAAUGUACAGGCGCCUUUUGUGGUUAGCUUUAUAAAUAUAGAGUGCUAAAAACAAACUGUUUAUAUAAAUAACUUAUAGGAAUAAUUAUUUGAAUCUGUAAAAUCAGAAAUAAACCUGAAUUAAUUUAUUCUUUAAUCUGUUAUUUCUUAAGCAAUAAACUGAAAGAACUUUACUUCCAUAAAAGAUUUUAUCUGUUCUAUCUGCCUUAAAAACCAGCUAUAAAAGGGUGAAGGAAUCUUGGAUAUAAAGAAUGCCUGUGAUUUAUAAAUCACUUUAAAUUGAAUCACAUCAAUUUAUAAAGAAAUCAAAAUAUGACCCUUUCUUUAGAUUACUAAGACACUUUUUAAGAGGUAUGAAAAAAUAAAGGAAAGGGUUCACUGAUGAGGUAAUAUUAAGGAUAGGGUUUGCGUAACUUGGGCAAUGUCUUUUAAGUAUCUUUAAAUAUUGUUUCUUUAUUCAUUGAACAUGUUUCCCACACUAAUAUGCCACAUUUUGUAAGUGUAAUGAGUGUGCUCAACUAUAUUGUACACUCAAAUGUUACCUAAAUUUAAACUGAUUCUUUAAGAAGUAUUAUGUAACAUUGUGAACUGUUUAGCUUUAUUGAAUAUUUAAAAGAAAGUGCCUCAUUGCUAAGUGCAUUUGUGUUUUCAAUUUAGUGCAUAAGUUUUGAGUUAUCUGUACCUGUCUCUUAUGAAUGGUUUCCUAUCUAAAUAGACACUUGCACAUGAGACUAGUCUCUUUUUAAAAGAUUUUCAUAAGAAUUUAGAUAUCACCAAAGACAUUACUCUUAAUUAAUAACCAUGUUAGAGAGAUAGUUUUACCAGUUCAGAGGUUGGAAAUGUUUAGAUUACAACUUAAUUUUACAUAAUGUAGUUAGGCAAUAACCUUGAUUAAUUGCUAAAUAUCACCAAAGAAAGGCUUUAAAACCAAUUUUCUUGGUGAGAUCAGUCAAAUGCAGGUUUGUUGGUUGGUUGGUUGGUUGGUUGGUUGUUUUUUGUAAUAACCAGAGCACACUUCCUUCAAAUGUGUUCACUUUUUUUUUUUAGCACCAUAUAAUAGAUCUUAGGAAAUCCUCAAAUGUGAGAAAGAAGAAAGAGAUAAAUACAACAAAUAGCCCCCAGCUAAAUGAAAAGUGGGAGAAAUACAUAUUUUUAAAGAAAAUUGAGAUUUUAAAUUUUAAGAAGCAUUUCAUUCUCUGGAGGCAGUAUAAAAUAAAUUAUACUUAUUUAGCUCCUGGGUUCUUAGUAAAAUGAGAAAUUUUAUUAAAGACAGUUUGGUAAAAGUGCUGAUAUGCAGGUUCUAUUGGAUUUAUAGAAUUUCUAUAUUCUAAAGCAAAAUUUUCAUAAGGGCCUUUUUUUUCUUAAAUAGACAACUCUGUCUUGUUUUUUAGCAGUUACUGUAUUGUUAUUAGAGUUUAGCCAUGCAGCCAAAUUUGACAAAAUGGAUCACAGAACAAGAGCUUUUAUGUCCAUCAAGAGAGGUGUACUGUUGUGACAUUUCUCCCUGGAAGUUCAUCUCUACAUCACCUUUAACUCACAUUAUGAAGUCUGUCUGACAGGUCAUGAGGGUAAGCCUCCUCGGAUGGGAGAAAAACAUUCUCACACUCUAUUACAUAGUCUGACCUAGGCAAGCACUGUACCACUGAGCUACAUCCCUAACCCAUUACUCUGGUCUAUCAGAAAGAAUUUUCUAGCAAAAUAAACUUUAUAUCAGUAAGAUAUAUUCUGGUUGUAGGAAUAUCAAAAAUGAGUAAGUUUGUCAUAACUUUUCUGAAUUAGAAACACAAAAACUUAAAAUGCUGUUAUCAUUAUUUUAAGGUAUAUAUCCCUAAUAGUUUGGAGAGCAAUUAAAGAGCAUAGCAUAUCUGCUAGAUCUGAUUCUUGAAAGAUAUUAAAUACACUAAAGACUCAGAAGCCUUUUCAAAGCACAAAAUAACCAGGUGUUUCUGGAUUUACUUGACAGUUCAGUAGUAUUUUGGUGGAAAACAUGAGGCUGAAAGUUCAUUAAAAUGUACUAGACAGUACAGCGUUUUCAUACUUUUGUUUUUGUUAAAGCAAUGAUGUUUUUCUAGUAAUUUAAAAGUGAUUCUCUUCCUGUAGUAGUUUUCACAAAUGGCAUGUUUACUUGCUGCCCUUGUAUUUUCAAAUAGAAUUUAAAUGCUUGAGCACUUCCUUUUCAGAAAGUUAUAAAAUCAAACUUAGAGAUAAUUUAAUUACUUUAAAUGCUCAUGCGAAUGUUUGUAUACUCAU